GAUUCAGUAGUCAGUUUACCGUCAAGUGAGUUGAGUGUUAACAGUAAGUCAACAGUUAAAGUUAGUCAAAAUGUUAAGAUGCUGGUUAUGUCUGUUAGUGAUUAUCAAUGUGGUGUUGUGUUACCCUUAUUUGUUUGAAACGAAGAAAUUCAAAGUUGGGAUUGAGUAUGAGAAUUCUCUGCCAAUGAAGGGUGGAUCAGACAGAUACAGACAUAGGAAUAACUUCGAUCCAUUCUUUGUCACAGUCACAGCUAGAUCCAAGAGUGGCUACGUCAUAACAUACCUAGAAGUGACAGCCACGGUGGAUCUAAGAGGAGAAGUGGACUUCAAAGUCAUCAGAGGACAAACAGGGUCCACCAGCGUGGUCUUUCAACUGGUCUCAAACAGUUCAGACUUCUUGUCUUACUCCUACAUGACUUACGGCAUAAGGGAAGAAGAGUAUAGAAAGGUGAUGAUAGCCUCCUAUGAUACUCAUUCUUAGAUGGCAAAUAUUAUCGUCCUACCCCCUCCAACAAACAAAGGCACGACGCUACAAUACUAUGGUUUCAAUAUUACUGCACUUAUAUUAUCGUUAUUAUAUUUUUGUAUCUUAUAAAUAAAUAUUUAACUAAU